AUAAAUCCAAGGCAUAAGGAAACGCUCAGCUGAAAUCACACGUGGAACUGAAGGAUCUGGAGCUCACAAACUCAUUCACACACGUCUGGGAGGCAACUUGGCAUGCUGUGAGCCCAAAUAACUGAUGACAGUGGAGAAAAGAGCAUUUCUUAUGAAUGAGUGAGUCAGAAGUAACUCGGUCAAGCGUCGCUGGAUUGGUUGGAUCCCUAAAGCAGGACUGUUUACAGAAGCUAGUUACUUUGCAUAUAGACCAUAGUGUUGACUGGGGUGUACGACUAGAAAUUGGGAUUGAGUUCACUCCUGUGUUUGUGCAAAGUAGAACGAUUCAAUAGAGAUUUCCGCGCAAGGACAAAGAGCAAAGUCCAGGGGUCCCGUAAGGUGCUGAGCAUGUCUUUUGCGAUGGUGCGACCAACCCCAGGUCAUUUCUUGUGCUCUGAGAUCAGCAUGCACUCCGAAGAUGAUGACAACGGCAGUGAGGGUUCUGGAUCUGACGACAAAUCCUUCCGAAUGGCCGGCCACGGCUACGGCGCAUUUAAGUUAGGCACUCGCAAAAAGAGGUACGGCUGCCGACCGGUAGCAGCUCCCAGCGAGCUCUGUACUCAGAUCGUCGAGAUACGCCAGCGGAACACCGCAAACGCCCGAGAGCGGGAUCGCACGAACAGUGUAAACACGGCAUUCACUGCUCUGAGGACGCUGAUACCUACCGAACCAGCUGACAGGAAGCUGUCUAAGAUUGAGACGCUGCGGUUGGCCUCCAGCUACAUCUCGCACCUGGGGAACGUGCUGCUGGUUGGAGAGGAGAGUGGAGACGGCCAACCUUGUCUCAGGAGCUCGGGAGCCUUGUAUCAUCACCUCCACAACCUUCCAAAGAGCUCGACACCAAGCCCGGACUCAGAAAACUCGCAGCCCAGACAGAUCUGCACAUUCUGCCUUAGUAACCAGAGACGGCUGAACAAAGACAGAGAAAGAAAGACUGCAUUAAGAAGUUAAUGAUGAGGAGAAGAGAGAGUAAAAGAGCAUUUCCAUCACUUCUGCCUGAAGGAGCGCGCCGGAGCAUACUGAACAUUUAGUGUAAAUUUGCUGUAAAUAAGCUGUUUGAUUGAAUGCAACACUU